GGCAUUUUUACGGCUGCAUUUGACAGUGAGAUUGAGUGGCUGCUGGUUAAAGGAAUUGCUGAUUUUGCAGAUGGUGCUCACAUGACUACAGAGAGUUGGUGUUCCUGUGCCAGUGUGAUGGCGGCUUCUCUGGUAAAGCAUAUCCUGGGCAAUCCUGCUGUUUUUCGUUCUUGGCCUCAUUUUGAUGGUAAUGUUAGUGUCAUAAUUAUGGUUUUCGAAAUCCUUACUCUAUUCUACUUAGUUCUGCAACACGCUUUUGUUAACAGAUGUAAUUACUUCAUUGAUAAAAUAACUCCCGGUUCAUGAUUCAGCAAUUUGACUCUAAUUAAAAUUUAUGUCUUAUUUCGCCAGGAUACUUUGAACAGUAAACGUGAAGCAUGUCAAUAAUUAGUGUAGUUUUAUUGCAAUGUACUUGUAAUAGUACUUGGUAGAAGCCUCCUUUCUCAUCAAAUGGUUUAUGUUUCUUUGAACAGUUCGAGCUUCCAAACCAUUCGACCUAAAGCGGUGUCAAGAUCAGCUGCAGACAUUCUACAACUCAAUGAACAUGGUACAAAUCACUCCAUGGAACCCAGAUGACAGGGUGCACAUUGAUGAGGUGUACACGAAUCUCUCAUGGCUGAGAGAUCAUAAGACUCCCCGUGGUACGAGUCAGAAGAAACUCAAGGACUACGGCGAGAUUUUCCAGGGCACCGAUCGCUUUCCAAACCCCAAACGAAUCCUUAUUUAUGGAAGACCUGGGAUAGGGAAGACCACUUUCUCUCAAAAAAUUGCUUUCGACUGGGCAAAUGGCCGAAAAGAAAUCUUGAAAAAGUUCGAUGUUUUGUUGAUGAUUAGGUUGCGAGAUGUUUGUGGCUCAGAAGACUUUAGAGCUGUUUUAAAGGCUUCCAAACUAUUGGCCGCCGAUGACUCGAUCACCGUUGAGGACCUGCAUAAUUAUAUCCUUCAGAACCAAGAUAAAGUGUUACUAGUCCUAGAUGGCUAUGAUGAGUACCAUGCUGGAGCCUCGUCUCCCAUCGACCGUAUAAGGGAAAGAGAUCUUCUUAGAGAUUGCUGUGCUAUUAUGACUACCCGACUAACAGAGAUUGACAAGGUGAGGAGGUCAAGUGACGUCCAACUGGAGAUCAUAGGUUUUGAUACUGAAGAGCAAGUUAUAGAAUUCGCCAGCAAGUAUGUCGAUGGUGAAAAAGAAGCUUCGCAACUUGUAGAGUACUUAAGAAGAGAGAAGAUUUGGCAUAUAGCGAAGUUUCCAUUGCUUUUGCUAAUGAUGUGUCUAGUUUGGAGAGAUCGACAAUGUAAAGGAUUGCCCAAAUCAAAGCUAGAGCUCUACGAGAGAUUUGUGGAGACCCUGCUUUAUCAAAUGGCUUUAAAGGAGUCGGGCAAAAGUAUGAAAAGGAGCAGUAACGUCGUUGAAUUCUACAGAGAAGAGUUAACCAAGAUUGGAAAGCUGGCUCUAGAUGCUCUGUUACAGGGAACCCUUUAUUUUCCCCUCAAUCAGAUUCAUACCGAAAGUAAAAUACUGAGCGAAACAAUGAUCCGUUCUGGUCUUUUCCAGAUUUCUAAGCUGUCUAGUGCAUCUCCUGAUGAGAUUGUCUGUUUUCUUCACAAGUCAAUUCAAGAGUUCUUGGCAGCCUGGUUUAUAAUGCACGAGGCAGGUCUCAAGGAUGGAAAGGCAGACUGUUUGUCAAGCAUCGAUUCACUAAGUAAAGUUUCAAAAGUGAAGGAAAUUCUUGUGUUCAUGCUGCAGUGGUCAGAAGAAAGUGCUAAAGCUGUAUUUAGUCUUCUUCAGUUGGUAGGAGAAAAAGAAGGUUUGACAGAAUACAACUUUGCCGAGGCGCCUAUCACUAAAGAUUUGCCAGAGGGUCAAAGAAAAUUUUGUACCUUGUGUUUGGAUUACUUUCAGUUCUGCCCGGUCGCAUACAUGCAGGCUGUGUCUCCACUGUUCCGAAACAGUGUUCACGGUGUUGUAGUGGUAGGCAGGGAUCAGCGACGUAGCAUUGCCGAAAAGAAAGUAUUGAAGUUUUUAAAUUCAUGUAAACCGAACUAUUUAUUGUUCGAAAAUUCAAGCUCAUACGGGGAUAAUCAUUACAUCUUCUCCAUGAUGUGUGAUUUAAAAGCUGUUUUUGUAACUUGUUAUGGCGAAACCAGGUCUGUGAAUGAAUGCAUGUGCCACGCUUUUAGUGAAGAUACUUUCUGCCUAAAGAAAGAAGAACAAAAAAUGGUUCUCUGCCUAGUCCUUGUCAAUGAGUGGAUGCUGAACCAGUUAAAACUACCCAGAGUACUAACAUCAUCAGAGUCUCCACAGACUUCUCUUGAAAUGCCGUCUAUUCGCACAACAACAACAUCACGUCGGGUUCAGAAGCACUCUCUAUCAUAUGUCAGGGAGAUUAUACUUAUGAUUUCGAGUAUCUCUGGUUUACAACGUGUGAAUGUGAAUGGUUUGUUAGCUUUUCUCAAGAGACCUCAAGUGGUGUUUAUUCGUGCACUUUCUCGUAGAAACACCUACCCUGGUGUGUUGACACGUUGUUUUCCUGAGGUUUUCGCUUAUUUUACGGACAAUCUCUACAGGCUAACACUCAAUAACUUAAAUUUAACAACUGCUUGUGUCUCUGAAAUCGCCAGGUCACUACAUCAGGCCCCCAAGCUACGACUGCUUGACUUGUCAGAUAACAGGUUCUGCAGUGCGGAACGUGACAUGGCAAAUGAAGAUAAAGAGUUCCAAUUACUUGCCAUUUCACUCAAAUAUUUGGUACAUUUACAAGUGCUGAGGUUAUCAGGAAACCCUCUUGGUCGUGGGCUUAUUCAUGUAGCCAAAAACUUACACAGUAUGCCUCAUCUGACUGGGCUGAGACUGUCUAAAACACAGAUGGGUGAAGAGGAAGUCUUAUCUAUAGCCCGUAGUUUACAAAAUGUUUCUCGCUUAACGGUCCUUGAUUUGCAUUGCAACAAGCUAGGUCGGGGUAUUUGUGAGUUAUGUCAGCACCUGCACAGUGUUCCUCACCUGACCGAGCUGAACUUGCGCGAUACACAAAUGGGUGAAGAGGAAGCCACAGCUGUAGCACGUGCACUGAAGGAUGUACCAGAACUGGAGAAGCUUAACCUAUCCAAAAACCCACUGGGUCAUGGGAUCACUGAACUGAGCCUGCAUCUCAGUAGUGUUUCUAAGCUGACUCACCUAUUCCUGACUGGGGUUCAUAUGACAAGGGAAGAGGCCAGUGAAUUGUGUACAGCGGUGCGUGGAAAGGAGAUCUCUCUGGACACAGAUUACCAUGUACGUUUUUAUUUUUCACUUUUAUGAAUGUUCUAUGUAUUCUUUAACUAUUGCGUGAUGUUGUUCUUAUUAUUCAAUCUCUUUUAGUAAAUUACAUGUAAUAACUUUUAUCAGGAGCCUAUGAUCUUGAUUUCGUCGAUUUUUUUUUAGUGGGGGAGUAUAUGGAUUUGGUUAAUUUGCUUUAUUCCUAGAUGUGGGGCAAAAAACGGGUCUACGAGUUUUAGACGACAGAGUCCAGGAUUGAAAAAAGGACCUUGUUUGAGCGACAGUUCACUGUCAAAUAGGACAUAUAAUCAUGAAAAAUAUAUAUAUAUAUAUAACAGGAGUUUCCUCUGGCCUUUAUUUCCGUGCGAAGCCAUUGCUAUGAAAAUGAAAUUUAAUUCUCAUGCAAAUGAAACUCAUUAUCACCUGAAAAGUUUUGCACUUAGCCCACGUUUUGAAGUUGAAGGUUAGUAUCAGAGAUUAACGUUUCCAUUCCUGAAAUGAGUAAAUUUUGGUAGCUUUCAUGACUAGAGUCUAAAAUGGCCGGUUAUUUCUUUGAGACAAGGAGUCUGAAAAGACACGUGUAAGGGAACGAUCUGCUACGGAACACUUCUCAUUGCCGUUGCUAUGUAAACGCAAUUGCUGCCAUCCACUUUGCACAUGUUCUCCGAAUGACCCGUUGUCCGUAUUAAGCGGGUUUAUUUUAGAGAAGACAUAUGAGCUGUUCGCCAGGACAAACGAAAGUGUCCGCUGUACACGGGCGUCCGUGGAGCGGGGUUCCACUGUUUUCAGAAGUUUUGCAGUUUUCCAUUAAAGGAAAACAAAGGAGCUUAACAUUUUCAGGAAACCGAAUCCACUUUAUGUUACUCAUCAUUCGCUUGAUUUUUGUUUUUCGCUAACGCAUUUAGGUCUGUAAUUAUGACAAGAGAAACUGGCGAGUACGCCAAGGGCUAGAUUAAAAGAGCGAUGAAAAGGAACUUUGGAGGAGAUUAAAUAUGACAAGAGUGAGAGACAAAAGCAUGGGUGAUUGCGUGAAAAGCGGUUUGGGCACAACUCUUUGCAAAUAUGGUAUGUAUAUUUUAAAAGUAGGGCACCCUCAAUUUUCAUCAGUGAAGUCGUGGUGAGCGUUUUCCUAUUUUCACUUCGUUAGUUCGUUUUGUCGUUCCAUUUAUCAUUCCGUCGUAUCGCGGUCGUCCCUUUUCACCGUUUCUUUGUUUCGAUUUGUCGUUUUAGCUCUUGAACUGCGCUGGACUGUAAACAAUAGCGCUGUAAUUCACAUAGACAGUAUGUUUCAUGAGAGUGUUGGCCAAUUUGCCAGAAUACCCGCGACCUUGCCGGAAUCAUGGUCUGAAGAUUUCAUACCAUGAUUGUUUUCUCCGUUUUAGCCUUUGUCCACACGUAAAGGGCGUGUUCGGGCACCAAAAGCGUAGGUUUUCAAAAACGGUUCCCAUAGUGGGGGUUUUUAAGUUUUUGAAAAAAGCCGGCGUCUCGUUUACAGUGGACGGAUGAAAACGGAGGUUGAUGUCAAACAUCGAACAUUAUAAAAUUAUACUACUAGCAUUACGCAUGCUUUGUAAGGGAUUUCCAUCGUUUUAGCAUUUUCAUGUGGACAGGCGAAAACGAUUCUAAUACGCUACGUGAGGACGCGUAUAUUUUUGGAAACUGGGGAAGAAUCUUCAUACGGCAAAAAUUUUGCUUGUGCUACAUCUUUUAAAACGCUUAUAAACGCUUAUGCAGCAAGUGACCAAAUAAAAGCCCACUUCCAAAUAAACGCCAUCUCUACGCCGUUAGACGCCCCUCUCUAAUGAACGCCCCCCUGUCUAAUAGACCCACUCUGAGAACUGCUCCAAACUACUAGUGAUUAGCAAACAUAGGCACGUUUAACGAGCAUGCUUGAGCUAUUUUAAAUGCUUCAGUGUAACCGUACCAGUAAUCUACUAUUUUAAUCCUAAAUUUAGACUAUUUUGUACAUUGAUGAAAACACGAGACGCUGCCCACAGUUGCGUCGAUCCUCAUACUAUAGGUUCACUUUUCUUUGUCUUUCCUUCGGACAUCUUGAGCGAAAUAAACAAAUUGUUAAAGUACUAUAAAUAUCAACUCACCAAACAUUGCUCAGAGGGAAGACUCGAAGGUUUCUUAAUGGUUUCUUAAGAUAAUGUGGUUCGUCGAAUACCGAAUAGUUCAGAAAUGUUACUGUUUUCAUCAUCGUUGUAGAGGAUUGCAUCAUCAUUAUUCACGAGGUUGCCACGUGCAAUUCUACUUCAUGGAACAGUCUUUAACUUAGAUGACUUGAUACUACAAGUGUUAUAAGUUAAAGAAAAGAGUCUUCACUUAAGGCACUGGUUACAAAACUAAAGAGGUCUUCAUACGGUCAACUUACUAUUAUUUACUGUGAAAAGCCAGUCUGCGUGAGAUGUACAGUCAAACAGUUUGCACGUGAAAGAGUAGGACUUUCGUGGUUCGUACGUGAGGGAAUUCGCGUUAUCACACAGUAAUCUAGCACAUAAAGAUGUUGGAUAUUGGCCUUUUAAAAUUCUUACGUAAAACAAUGCAAAUUGUAGCCUUCCACGCAGAAUUUCUUAGAGGUUCUUGCCCCACAAACGUCUGCUGAACCGAGUGGUAAAAAAGGUAAAAAACCUAGACCAAUCAAAGAACACUUCGGAUCUGGGAAGUGCACGCACGAGACUCAGCUUAAGAAAAGAUCACAAAAGGUCUCAUGAAAGGUGAAGACCUUUCAACAGGAGUAAACUACUCAGUUAACUCACACGCCUGGAGGCUACCCUCACAAAGUCAUUGAAAAAAAUUACCUCAGAGCUUAAAUUUGCCGAACGGAAGUCGGCCUUACUACAAAACAAAGUACGAAAAUAAAAUUCGGCCCCUCACUCAAAGAACAACUUUAUUCACCACUUGCACAACUCCCAUAAUGCACCUUAUUUGCCCCCCAAAAUUUUGCGUAACCUUUGUUUUUCAUUUCUCCUGGGUAUUACAGCCGUCUUAAGAGAAAUUGAAACAAUACUUAUGCAAAAUGAACAACUUUGCUACAAGACUAAGCCAGAAACAUAAAAGAUAUUCUGACAUUCAUAAACAGAUACAGUGUGUACAAUCCGGUCGCAGUCCACAAAACUUUAAAUUCAAUUGGGUUGACUCCCAAUAAUUUAUGUUGUCACCACAGGAAAGACAGGAUUGGUAAAAAAAAGAAAAUUGUGAAUUGAUAUAGGUUGAAAAUUCAUUACCUGAAAUAAGAAAAAUUCUUUUAACUGCAUCAAUGACAUUGUAACAUUUUAUCAUAAUACCAUCUUACCUAAUGAUUCAUUAUUUGCAUCUUUUUUUUUUCUUAGAAUGGAGGCCACCAGUUUAUGAUACACAAAGAAAGAAAACCUUUUGCCGGAACAAUUGCUUUUCUAUCAGGAGAUAAUCUUGGCUUUCAGUUAAGUGGAGGUUUCAAGGAAGGUCCUGGUGCUCACACUAAUAUAGACAUUGCAUGGGUUCAUCUAAUGCAAUAA